ACCUUUUCUUCUCUCCCUCUCCGCCGCGUUCUCACUUUUCUCCACUACUCUUCACCAUCGCAUGUAAGUUUCUUUGCUGUUUAUUUUCUUCCACUAUCACUUCCUUUUUCUAUAUCGAUAAGAAAACCAAAGCACUGCGAUUUGGUAACAAAAAAAAACUAUUUUUUUUCCUUGUACACGAGCUCUUACAUAACCUUACCCACCUUUUAGUUUGAGAGUUGAUUAACUGAAAGAGAGCAGACAUGGCUAAGCUGGAGAAGAAAGCCAGUGAUGAGCUCAAGAAGAGAGUCAGGAAGCGAAACCGUGGGAAGAAGAAUGACCAGCAAAAGGCGGAAGAAGAAGAAGAAGAAACCCACAAGGCAGAGGAAAACGUAGAUGAAAUCCAGAACAAGAAUGAGAAAAAGGUUAAGAAAGUGAAGAAGCUGCAAGGAAGAGUCAAAACUGAUGAAGAUGAAGAAGAAGAGAAGAAGAUGGUGGUUGUUGGGAAAGGGAUAAUGACUAAUGAGACUUUUGAAUCCCUUGACUUAUCUGAGCAGACUUUCGAAGCUAUCAAGGUCAUGGGUUUUGAGCAUAUGACUCAAAUUCAAGCUGGAUCAAUUCCUCCCCUUUUGGAAGGAAAAGAUGUUCUUGGUGCUGCUAGGACUGGUUCUGGUAAAACCCUUGCUUUUCUCAUACCUGCUGUUGAGUUGCUCUUUAAAGAGCGUUUCUCUCCUCGCAACGGGACUGGUGUCAUCGUUAUUUGCCCCACAAGGGAGCUUGCUAUUCAGACAAAAAAUGUGGCGGAGGAGCUGCUCAAGCAUCACUCGCUGACGGUCAGCAUGGUUAUUGGUGGCAAUAACAGAAGGACAGAAGCACAACGUAUUGCAAAUGGUUCUAAUUUGUUGAUUGCAACCCCUGGGCGUCUUCUUGACCAUCUUCAACACACAAAGGGUUUCAUUUAUAAACAUCUCAAGUGCCUUGUGAUCGAUGAAGCUGACAGAAUCCUGGAAGAAAAUUUUGAGGAAGACAUGAAUAAGAUUCUAAAGAUUUUACCAAAGACUAGGCAAACCGCACUAUUCUCUGCCACUCAAACCUCCAAGGUUCAAGAUCUUGCUCGAGUGUCACUGACGUCUCCUGUUCUCGUUGAUGUCGAUGAUGGUAGACGCAAGGUGACAAAUGAAGGAUUGGAGCAAGGCUACUGUGUUGUUCCGAGCGAGAAAAGACUUCUCCUCCUAAUAUCUUUUUUGAAGAAGAAUCUAAACAAGAAAAUAAUGGUGUUCUUCUCGACGUGCAAGUCGGUACAGUUCCAUGCCGAGAUCAUGAAACUAAUCAACGUGGAAAGCUGUGACAUCCAUGGAGGACUGGAUCAGAACCGAAGGACUAAAACCUUUUUCGACUUUAUGAAAGCAGAGAAAGGUAUUCUGUUGUGCACUGAUGUGGCUGCUCGUGGUCUGGACAUUCCUGCGGUGGACUGGAUUAUACAGUAUGAUCCUCCAGACAAGCCCACGGAGUAUAUCCAUAGGGUUGGCCGAACAGCUCGUGGAGAAGGAGCAAAGGGAAAGGCAUUGCUUGUCUUGAUACCUGAAGAGCUUCAGUUUAUUAGAUACCUUAAGGCUGCAAAAGUACCUGUGAAAGAGCUUGAGUUCAAUGAAAAGAAGCUUUUGAAUGUUAGAUCCGCCCUGGAGAAGUAUGUAGCCAAUGACUAUAAUCUGAACAAGACAGCCAAGGACGCGUACAGGGCUUACAUCGCAGCAUACAAUUCACAUUCUCUGAAAGACAUCUUUAAUGUUCACCGGCUCGAUCUCCAGGCGGUUGCUCUAUCGUUCUGUUUCUCAUCGCCGCCAAAAGUGAAUCUGAACAUAGAAAGUGGAGCUGGGAAGGUGAGGAAGGCUAGGAAUCAGCAAGCGCGUAAUGGCUUCUCUCCUUACAGUCCCUAUGGCAAAGUCAAGUCCACACCCAAAGAGGCAUGAAGUGUCUCCACCGGCCUUAAAAAAUAGGAGCUUGCCUGGAAAACCUACUGUUUUAGAAAGUUACCGCCAAGUUUUGUUUAAAGAGUAAACUGUACUCUUCUUUUUUUUUAAUUUAGGUUAAAUGUUUCUUGUAAUACUUCAGUUCUAUUGUUAUAUGAAUUGUUUAAUUUAUUGAAGGCAAUUUCUUCACUACCAAGUUUAAUGUAUAUAUUAACAACUAUAGUACUGUGAUUUUUU